AUGAUGGUGAAGGGGGUGUGCGGUAAAGGAGCUAAAAAAUGGAAGAUUGAAGAGGUAGUCGUGGUGGUGGUGGGAUUUGAGAGCUUUUUGGGGAGGAAGGGAUUAGUAAAUUACGGUAUUACCCCAAUACAACAUCACAUGAACUUCUCUCUUUCUCGUUUUGUUGUCACUUCACCCCUCUUGGCGCUCAACCCAGAAUUGUCAAAUGGCCAUAAGGAUUUCAACCAGAACCACAGUUACCCGCUUCACAGAGAUAUUUACCGCCAAGAGAAACCCAACUUUCUCAAACCAAAGUUCCCAAUCCUUUUCAACAAACCCAAUAAAACCCAGAUUUUCACAGCAAUCUCAAUACAGGAAACAGAUUUCCCUCGCCACUCUGCUCCAAAGGAAUUAGAGAAGUCUUUGGUUAUACUGUUAUCCUUCAAAAUACCCCAGAAUUCCCUUGUUUCUUUGAUAUGUGACUGUCCUGGGGUUUUGGACUUUCAGUUCCUCAAGAAAUGGGAAAUGGGCUUCUCAAAUUUUGUGCUUUUGAGUUCUUCCCCAUUGAUGAUUAAGAGUGUUUUGGAACAAUCUAAGAGAUUUCAGAUAGACCCAGAUGGUUUUUUUAAGAGUGUGGAGGUUUUGAGGGGUUUAGGUUUUAUUGAUGGCACCGUUAGUAAGGUUUUAGAGGGCUUCCCAGGAGUGAUUUUGAUGAAUGGGAAGGAGAUUCAAAGGAGACUCGAAUUCUUGGCCGGAAUCGGAAUUCCAAGGGAUGGAAUUGAUAGGGUUCUUCGUUCUUUUCCAGGGUAUAUAGGAUUUGGGGUUGAAGAUAGGCUGAAGCCAUUGCUUUAUGAGUUUAAAGAUUUCGGCUUUAGUGUGGAUUUGAUUAGCAGAGAGAUUAUUAAAGAGCCAAGAAUCCUUAGCAUGGAGUUGGGUGAAUUCUCGCAGUGUUUGGAAUUCUUGAGGACUUUGAAAUGUAGGGUACCAAUCAAGGAGAAGAUUUUCAGUGAGGGAGAAUUUAGAGCUGGGUUUGAAGUGAAACUGAGAGUCGACUGCUUGUGCAGAUAUGGGUUGAUUCGUAGAGAGGCUUUUGAGGUGUUGUGGAAGGAACCAAGGUCAAUUAUAUAUAAGGUGGGGGAGAUUGAGAGAAAGAUAGAGUUUUUAAUACAUAGGAUGAAAUUCAAUAGUCGUUGUUUGGUUGAAGUUCCAGAGUAUUUGGGUGUGAAUUUUGAGAAGCAAAUAAUUCCUCGGCACAAUGUGAUAGAGUAUUUGAGAUCAAAAGGGGGGCUUGGUUAUGAGGUGGGGUUAAAGGGUCUGGUCAAGCCUAGCAGGCUUAGAUUCUAUAAUCUGUAUGUCAAGCCAUAUCCGGAUUGUGCAAAAAUGUUUGGGAGAUUUUCAGGAGAUGUUAAAGUUCAAAGCCGGCAUCCUGUUGGACUAUGGAAACUUUUCAAGCCACAAAGAUAUCCAGAAUCCAAAGAAGAUGUGAAGAACACAAAGUUAUUUAUGGAAUCUCUGGGUUAG